AUGUUAUCAAGCAUAUAUGUUCAUCUUAUGAGAUCUGUUCGACCGAUUCAUAACUAUCAACAACAUUUUCUUCGUUUAUUAAGUACAGCUGAACCGAAUUUAUCACAAACUAUGUCGAACAAUCGUGAAACUGGUGUUGUAAAACGCUUCUCAAAAGAUAAAGGUUAUGGUUUUAUAACAAAAAACAGUGAUGGAACCGAUUGUUUUGUUCAUUUUAAAAGUAUCAAUGCAGUUGGCUUUAAAUUACUUGAACAAGGGCAAGAAGUGGAAUUUACUGCAGUUCAAGGUGACAAAGGACUUGAAGCAAGAGAUGUUCAUGUAGUUAAUGGUGGAGGAGGUCGUUCAUCAUUUAUUCCUGGUUCAUCUCCAAAAUCUACUUCAUCGAGAUAUGGUUUUGGUAAUCCAUCACGAAAUCAAUCAUCAUCUGCAUUUAAUUAUGGUGGUAAUACAUCAUCUGAUUUACACUCUAUAGAUCAAGAUUCAACACCAAACGAGAGAUCAUAUGAUUUUAGUGGAGGUUUCAACAAUUCAAAUUCAGAAAAUUUAUUUUCUUCACGAAGAACACAAACAGAUAGUCGAAAACGUGAAACAGGUUCCGUUAAACGAUGGACAGAAGAACGCGGCUUUGGUUUUAUUCGUCGAAGUAAUGGUGGUCCAGAUCUUUUCUGUCAUACUCGAAGUCUAAAAGAUGGUUUACGAUCACUUGACGAAGGUCAAUUAGUUGAAUUUCGAAUUCAAAGAACUGAUAAAGGUGAAGAGGCACGUGAUGUUUCAAUCUUUAAUGAAGAUUCACCUUCAAAUCAACGACAAGAAACAACUAGUAAUCCCGAUGAACGUUAUACAGGCACUGUUCGAAAAUGGAUAGGAGAAAAGGGUUUUGGAUUUAUAACACGUGAUAACGGUGACUCCGAUGUAUUUGUUCAUAUUCGAAAUUUAUCUGAUGGUACAAUGCAAUUAGAAGAAGGACAACAAGUUGAAUUUAAUAUUGUAUCAAAUGAAAAAGGUGAAACAGCGCAAAAUGUAACUGUUUGUAAUGAAAAUUAA